UUUAUUAGCGUGGACAUAUCCUUGUCAUCAAAAAGUGUUUCUAUACUUUCGCCAUUUGAACUAGUCGCUUUUCACGAGCAGACAAAAAGCAUUUCAUACGCGUAAGUGCCAUUGUUGGGAAGAGUGCUGUCGAAACUAUUAUCUCGUCUGCGCUUUUUGUUAAUUUUAUUAAAUAUCCAUCCAAGUUUACUCAAUCAAGUAAUAAGUGUGUAAAAGUUAUCAGUUACGUCAGUCAAAAUGGCAUCAGACCAACGAAUAGAUGCAUCUACCACAGUUACUUCGGGUAAUUGCAUUUACACGUGGACGAUCGAAAAUUAUAGCUUAAUAAAAUCAAAAGUUGGAGAAAAAAUAGAAUCUCCAAAAUUUGGCGUGGGAAGUAAUGUUAAAAACUAUUUUCAAUUGUGGCUAUACCCUGCAGGCCAUAGUGAGAAAGAUGCAGGAUUCAUUUCGUUAUAUCUUAUACCGCUAAUUGAUUCUACGAAGCGACCGGAUAAGCUCGUAUGUAAAUUGACAGUAUCACUUGUUAAAGAUAAAAAAGUUAUUGAAAAAGUUACAGGGCAUUACGAUUUUGCGAGUAAUAAAGUGUUUGUCUACGGUUCGUCGAAAUUUUAUGAAUUAAAAAAAAUUGACAAAUUAAUUUCCUCCCAGAAUACUGUAACUAUUCAUUGUAAAUUAGAAAUUUUCAAGAAAUUUGAAUCCUCAUUGAAAUUAGACAAUAUCAACAUGACAGAUCAGAUAAAUAAUAAAAUAAACUUAGACUCAUUGUUUCUCUGUGAAGAAUUCAGUGAUAUUCGAAUUAUAACUUCUGAUGGAAAUGAUAUCCCAGCUCACAAAGCUAUACUCGCAGCUGCCAGCCCUGUAUUUAGGGCCAUGUUUACUCACAAUAUGUUGGAAAAUACAGAAAAUUCAGUGAACAUAACUGACACUACUAAAAAUACUGUAAUUGAAAUGCUGAGAUACAUCUACACAGCUGAGGUUAUUAUCAACAAAGUAGAUAUUACUAUUGAAUUAUUAGAAGUAGCUGACAAGUAUCAAAUUGACAAUUUGAAAAUUAAAUGUGAAAAAAUAUUAGGUUCUAAAUUGUCAUCUAAAAAUGCUAUCAAGAUAUUAAUAGCUGCUCAUAAAUACAAAACAAAGUAUUUGGAAGAUGAAACGAUAAAGUUUAUUACAACUAACACUGAAUUACUCUCCAAUUCUGAAAAGAUGAAGAAAAUGCAUGAUCCUGAUUUAUGGGUGAAUUUAACUCAAUUAAUAGUAAAAUCUCAAAAAAAUGUAUCUUGUCCAGUUUGUCAUCCAGAAAAUCAUAGUUAA